AUGCAGUUCAUCACUUUCGCCACUGCCCUCUUCGCGAGCGCUGCCCUCGCCACCCCCGUCGACCCACCAGGAGGACCAAACUACAACGCCAACAGCAACGUCGUCCCCCCACCAGGAGGACCAAAGUACAACCCCAACAGCAACGUCGUCCCCCCACCAGGAGGACCCAGCUACAAACCCAAGACCGACCUCGUCCCCCCACCAGGACCACCAAAAUACAAACCUGCCAGCGACCUCGUGCCUCCACCAGGAGGACCCGUCAUUCCCGACAACACCCAUUUCUACCCGCCCCCAGAUUUCGUUCCCUACCCUUACCCGGGCGUCACGCCUGGACACGGAGGAGAUGCUAACGGCCCGUAUUUUGGAUCGUGCAGUUGUGCGGUUUUUGGUCAACAGUCGGAUCUGGUUGGUGAAGGUGCUUGUAAGACUUUGGCUCAGGAUUGGCCGAAUUUGUGGUGGAAUGGACAGGGUUGUGUCGAUUCCCUCCAAGCCGGAAUCGAAAAGAAUGGAUUCGGAGAAGCUUGCAAAGCUUUUGCUAAACCAUUGUUGGACUGGCCAUUUUCCCUUCUUGGCUUUCCUGAUCUCGAUUCAUGUGUGCAAGCGGUUUGCACACCUUAUUAA